AUGGUCCCUGCUACAGCAUUUGUACUGUUUGCAAUUGAUUGUGGCUUUGGGUCUCUUGCAGUCAUAUAUCGCGAAGGGAACCAGAACUUUGGCCGUCUUUUUAAGAGUAUGUUCUUAUGGCAGAUCAUGUUCAUAUCGGGUCUUUGCGCCGUCAAAACCUCGAUUCUCUUCUUCUACUUGAGAAUAUUCCCCAGCGAGAAGUUCAGAAAGGUUGUCUGGGUGACUAUAUGGUUCAACAUAAUUACGACGUCCACAAUUCUCAUCCUCAACUUCACAGUGGGGCGAUCGGUGCAGCUUGUCUGGCGUGGCGGGCAAACCCUUGACGCCAGUAUAAAGACAUACGGUGUAGGUAUCAAGAUUGGAUUUGCACAUAGCGCUGUAAACCUUGCGCUGGAUAUAUGGAUGCUCAUCCUGCCCAUGACACAACUGUACAACCUUGGGCUCAGGCGGCAUAAGAAGAUCAGAGUGAUGAGUAUGUUUGGAAUGGGUGUACUACUUUUGGUAGUUAGUCUUGUUCGAAUGGUAAUGCAGAUUGAGGUUCUUCCAAACCCAAGCGAAGCAGAUAGUUCUAUACAUUUGAUUAUUAUCCUAGGGAGUAUUGAACUAUACGUCGGCGUUGUUCUACCCUUCGUCUCUGGAUUCUGGUCGUUGGGCAUCAAGCACCGAUUCACCACCAUCAUCAACACUACACGACAACCGCCCACGAUGAAUUACUCCAACAUGAUUGAGGAGAAAAACCUCAAGAAGACAUUUAUAAUAGCAACACUAUGCAGCACUCUUGUCGGCACCUUCACGUCAUCCAUGGGCCUAUGGGACCGCGUCAAGGAGAAGCGGAAGCAGACCAAGCGCGACACCACCCAAGACGAAGAGAUCAAGAAGCUUAAAGCCCAGGUCGAAGAAAACUCAAGGUACAAGGACCGCGCCUUGGAGAGGAGCAGGGUCUCGGACGAAGUCGAAGCCUCGUUCGAGCGAUCGGGCGCCCUUAUCAACCGUGAAUUCGAAGACGGAUACCAGCGAUACGGUCGGAGAUUCGCCAUCGGCGAUGUCGUUACCGAGAAUAAACUACAAGCGCAGGUCAUUGCUCUGCAGCAGACCGUCAUCAAUGUCCUCCAGGACGCCCUCUACAACGGCCGUCAACUCGAUCGCGUCGACAUGGCAAGGCUGAUCGCCGCCUCCGACGCCGCCCGUGACGGCUCCCUCGGUGCUCUUCGCCAACAGCGACAGCGCCUUAUGGGCGACGAGGUGUCUAUGCCUCCACCACAACAAGCCCUCCCGCCUCCGAAACGUGCCCCGACCGUCAUCCGAGACGACCCUCUAUACUGCCGAUACGCCCUCGAUCUACAAUCCGACCACGAAAGACCUCUCUCUUCUAGCUUUGAACCGCGGGGUGACCGACUCUGCCCGGCAUGCGACGUCUUUCUCGACGUCGAAGCCGACGAUGGCUGGGCCAUUGGGAAGACGGCGCCUCGAUCGAUAACAGAGAAUGGAUACAAGAGGGAGAUUGAUGAGGAGCUAGAGUUCCACGUCGACCCCCGCUUUGUUGUAAAGUGCCACACACCAGAAGGAGAGUUUGCGUGUGCGCUCUGCAGCAGAUUCCGUGACGAAGACGUCCUCUGCCCUACGGCGGAUACCCUGAUCAACCACAUCGGAAGAGAACACACCGUCCCAGAGAUGGAGAGGGAGCCGGACUUUGAGAUCCGAUCUCUCGAUCUGGACAGAAGACCUCCGCCGCCCAAGGCGAUCGAAGCGCGCAAGCGAAGCUCGUCGGUGCGGUCCGUCGACAUGAACAGAAGGAUCAUGCCUCCCAGGUCUGUGGACUCGGAUAGGAGGAGCUCGUCGGGGAGAUCUACUGUUGAUAUGGAUAGAAGAAGCGCAAGGGCUAUGAGUGUUGGUGGGAGGAGUAUGGAUAGAAGGAGCAUGUAUUAG